UGCUUCAAGUUUAAGACCAACACCGAGAAGAAGAUCUGUAUCGCUAUAUUCCAAGACUCCACACAAUCCAGGGUUACCCUCAACAUCGAGAAGUGCUUCGGAAUGCUAUUGUCUCCCGGCCGGAAUAUAAAGUCAUCGGAUAUGAUACCAAUCGGUCUCUUAUCGAUGACCAGACAUAACGUUCCGAUGGAUAACACCCGCAAAAAUGUCACUCAAUGGCAGAUAAUCGGUGUCUGGAAUCCAAGCGAACCGCUCUUCGAAGUGUUAAACACAGAGACGCCGCGAGACACACGAGUCUACUUCACGAUAGCCGUGGAUCUG